AUGACGUCCAGACCGCACGGGUUGACGGCAACCCAAGUGAUUGAGCUGCUCCAAAGUGACACAGUCACGAUAUGCCCACUGAGCAUGGUUCUCCCAUUUACCGAGGGUAUCAGCCAAGUUCUGAUUGCGCUGCCGUCGCAAUCCACUGAUGUUUUCGGUAUCGAAGAUGAUGAGCCCGCAAGGGAUAUUCUACUGAAAGAAAUGUCAAUUGCUCUGUCGAAGACCCCAAUGUGGUCCACGGCAGGACCUGGCACCAUAUCUGCCAUCGAGGCGGCCGCAGUGAUCCUUCGAGAAAGAGGAAUCAAGGUUGAAGAGAUCUCAUUUCCACCUGGAAUGUCGGAUCCUAAGGAACUCGAGAGACUCCAGGAAGUCAUCACUCAAGCUGAAGCACGGGUCUCCUUUCUUCGAGAAUACCGAAUAGACAAGGACAAUCUGGCUCCGGAGCUUCAUGAGAUAGUCGAGAACAACGACAGAAUUACGCAUAAAGAGAGGGCUCAGGCUUCUGACAGCGCAGAAAACGAGGCUCCUGUGGGGCUUGGUGAUAUGGGUCGCGCGACCUUCAACACGAUGUGGACGGUUAGUGUUUCCUUGCAUCUGUCGCCGGCUCGCCUGGAGGACAAUUUACAGGGUUCCUAUAUGCCUGUAGUCAACAUUCCCGCCUUUUCGGGGUCCGAUGAUAUGCCUAUGGGCGUGUCACUCGUAGGUCCAAGGUUCCGGGAUCAGCAACUGCUAAGGACAGCCCCGGUUCUUGCUGAGAUCUUGAGAGACUGGGCCCCGAUACAGCUGUGAGAGUUUGCGUGAACACAAGCC